AUGUCGUACGUCUCUAGAGGGGCGAGAGCUGCAGCUCGUCCCCUGAGGCGCUCAGUCCAACGCCAAACACGAAGAUACGACUCCCACCACGCACCUCACGGUCACGAAGAGGCACACCACGGAGAGAGUGCAUUCCAUGUGGCUCACGGACCGGCAAACGAGUCCUUCGGAAGAGGAUUCUACAUUUCUCUAGCUUCAAUCCCCCUCUUCGCCGCAAUUUAUGUCGUUGCGACGAAUCCCAACGACAACUUUGUUUACCGACUAGUUAAGCGCUACGAGAUCGGCCAGGAGGUUGAAGAGAGGAAGAAUCUGAUACAUCAACGGCUCAUGGAGCAAGCUGCGGCCGACAGACAGCUCUUUGCCUCCACCCCCCGCGAUUCAAGCAGCCCUCCUAUCCGGUAUCCCGAGGUCUUCAAUCAUGGUUCCCCAUGGAAUGUUGCUGCUGGACAAGGAGGAGCGGAUCUCAACGCACUGACAAAGUUCUAUCACGAGAAAGCACAAGCUCAAGAAGAAGAACGGUUAUCAAGAUUAAAGGAUGGCAAGGUUGUAAGUGUCUAUGAAUAA